CAAGUACCUACCUACCUGUCUGCAAGUGAAGGCUACCGGAAUCGUUUGCGACGCCAACAGCUCACGGCGCGCAGAAGAAUCAGGUCAAGGAUUUGAAUUUGCACACCACAUCCGAUAGAGAAUUGGGUCCGAGAUCUUGCUCAACUUCGAGUACCCGACCGCAUCCAAAUUCAAGCAUCACAAUGGCCGCCGUCUUCAAGGCCCUCUCCAAGGGCGCAGGCGGCGACAAGUCGAGUGAGGCGGCCUCGGCCCCCCGUAAGAACAAGCAGCGCGUUCUGAUUCUGUCUUCGAGGGGUGUUACUUUCAGGCAUCGUCACCUCCUCAACGACCUGGCAGCAAUGCUGCCGCACGGCAAGAAAGACGUCAAGUUUGACUCAAAGUCCAAACUUUACCAGCUGAACGAGCUGGCGGAGCUGUACAACUGCAACAACGUGCUGUUCUUUGAGGCACGCAAGGGCCAGGAUCUCUACGUGUGGGCGUCAAAGGUGCCCAACGGACCGACAGUCAAAUUCCAUCUUCAGAACCUACACACAAUGGAUGAGCUCAACUUCACAGGAAACUGCCUCAAGGGCUCACGGCCGGUCCUAUCGUUCGACUCGGCCUUUGACAAGGACCCGCACUACAGGGUGAUCAAGGAGCUGUUCCUGCACAUAUUUGGCGUGCCCGAAGGCGCGCGCAAGUCGAAGCCGUUUGUGGACCACGUCAUGGGCUUCAGCAUAGCGGACGGCAAGAUCUGGGUGCGCAACUACCAGAUCAACGAGGUUGAAAAGACCAAGGGCGAGGACGGUGAGGAUGGCGAGGCCAAGAAGGAGAAGAAGUCGAGCAGGAAGCCGGACGCCAAGGACACGGACAUCAACCUGGUCGAGAUCGGGCCGCGUUUCGUCCUCACCCCCGUCGUGAUCCAGGAGGGUGCGUUCGGCGGUCCCAUAAUAUACGAGAACAAGCAGUUCGUGUCGCCCAACCAGGUGCGUGCCGACCUGAGAAGGAAGAAGGCCGGCAGGCACCAGAUGAGGUCAGGGCAGCAGGCGGAUCUGAUGGCCAAGAAGGACGGUUUGGGCCUGAGGACGGAGGGAAGCAAGAAACAGCGCGAGGACGAGUUAGAUACCCGAAAGAUCUUUGCUUAAAGUGGGAGGGGGAAGACUUGGGCGAGGUCGAGGCAGGUGGUGUCCUGGUUGCAAACCGACUUUGUUUGAAUACAGGAAUUAUAUGAAACCGUAAUGAGCUUUGGGACAUUUGGCUUGGUGAUGGUGAUGCGAUUUUUUUGAACUGAAACUAGGUCCGAUCGAAAAGGCUGUGAACAUAAAUGACUUAGCAGGUAUGGUAGAAAUGCAGUGUCGUGGUAUGAUUUUGAUAUCAGUGGCGUGGACUGCAAGUGGCCUGCAUAGGUACCUCGGUAGACAGAAUAGUCUGGAUAAUAUGUCCAGAACAAAACAUGUUCCGCA